UCGGCUGCCCCUGGCCAUUGGAACAGUCGGUUUUGGCUGUGUACUGCUGUGUGUGUGUGGUAUAUGUCCAGCUUUGCGGUGCUGCUGCUGCUGCCCACUGCCCAGUAUGGCAUCUAACUACAAGAAGCCGACACUAGGCGUGACCACACAGAGGAAAAAGGCCAGUCCGAAGCCUGAACUCACAGAGGAGCAGAAACAGGAGAUCCGGGAGGCUUUUGAUCUUUUUGAUACUGAUGGCACUGGAACUAUUGAUGUUAAAGAGUUAAAGGUUGCCAUGCGUGCCCUUGGAUUUGAACCUAAGAAAGAGGAAAUUAAGAAGAUGAUCGCAGAUAUUGAUAAAGAGGGAACUGGAAAAAUCAGCUUCAAUGACUUUCUGUCUGCUAUGACCCAGAAGAUGGCCGAAAAAGAUUCCAAGGAGGAGAUAAUGAAAGCAUUCCGGUUAUUUGAUGAUGAUGAAACUGGAAAGAUAUCCUUUAAAAAUCUGAAACGCGUAGCAAAGGAGCUUGGCGAGAACCUCACUGAUGAAGAACUGCAGGAGAUGAUCGAUGAGGCGGACAGGGACGGUGAUGGGGAAGUAAAUGAACAAGAGUUCCUUAGAAUAAUGAAGAAGACCAGUCUGUACUGAACUAUCUUUACCCUAUCAUCAUGCCUCAGUAACUAGCAGUUUUCCUUUCACGUUCAGGAAACGACCGUUCUAAACAAAAGCACUGAGACCUGUAUGAAGAAACAUGUGAUAGCACAAAUGUGUCAUUUUACCAAUUUUGAUGAUUUAACAAGCCACACAACGUGCCAGCCAGCCUAUGUUAAACCAUUUUCCCCCCAGUUUGUUGCUGAGAAGAAGAAAAGGGCCUAAAUUGGUGCUUUGGUGAAGUUAGGAGUGUAAAAAGUUAAAUAUAUUUACAUGGUUGAAAUGUACCUUCCUUUACAGACAAAUGUACCAAAUAGAGUAUGUGUGUUAACAUGACCAGUCCAUGUUUUCCUCAAGCUCUUCUCAGACUCCUUUAUUUGAAUAGCUUCUUAUAGCUAAUUUUGUAAUACAUGAAAUAGUGAUAAACGUACUGAUCUUUGUCAUUGGAGAGGUCAUACCUACACUGCCUCCUGCCAAGUUUUCUGUAUGCUGUAAAUGAUUUAUGUUUAUGUAGUGAUGAUAUUGUGACUCCUAUAUUGACUCAUUGUGAAAAGUUGAAAUUUGCAGACAACCAAAUACUAUUGAAUGUAUGUUGCCUUUUUAGCCAUAUUAUUUUUGUACAAAAAACUCUGUAUGUGAAUCUUUUUGUUCGGAUGUUGUGAUAUGUUUUUAUUUUGUUUCAAUACACUGCCGGGGUGGGUGGGUGUGUCAGGGGAUCUAUAAAGCACAUUCAGAAACUACUUUUUCUGUAUUUCUAUUUGUUAUUCUAAAAUGCCUGUAUUAUACUUAUCUCGUAUUACAUAAAUAUACUGUUCUAUCUGU